AGAAUAUGCGAUGAAGUUUAAAAGACAACCGGAAGGGGAAGAUAAUAAUUUACAGCCUUCCAUAAGUGCUAAUACAUCAUUUCUCGAAUUCGAUGAGGAGUCUACAGAUGAAAAUCGGUAUACAUGUUGCCAUGGCGGAGCUAUAACAACUGAAGUCGUUUUGUACCUGAAUGACGAGGAUAGGAGCAUUGAAGCUUUGCAUCGCUUUCCUACUGUAAAAAAAAUGUUUGUAAAAUAUAAUACACCUCUUCCUUCAUCUGCGCCAGUGGAAAAACUUUUUUCCUUUGCUGGGAUUGUCAAUCGAUCGACAAGGCAAAAUCUUUCUGACCAUAACUUUGAAAUGUUGGUACUAAAAAAGGCAAAUAAAAAAUGA